AUGGGUAUUUGUAAGCCGCCACUUUUCCUUGUUUGGGGUGUGAAGAGACACAGAACACUAUAUCAGCAAAGCCCAGAAACAAGGACAAUGUCUUGGGAAGGGUUCAAGAAGGCGAUCCACCGGACGACGGGGGCAGUGUUGGUGAAGGCUGCCGACAAGGUGACUGACAAGGAGUACGACAUUGAGGAGAGAAGGUAUCGGGUUCUAGAGAAGGCUGGGACGGAGCUACAGAAGGCGACCAAGGGGUACUUGGAUUCCCUACGUGCGGUCACGGCGUCGCAGGUGAGCAUGGGCGAGACCAUCAACAACUUGUACGAGGAUGCGAGAAACAUGGGCGGAGUGAAUGUAGGAGGCAUGUACCUUCAAGCCGUGACUGAUUUCGACACGGAAACUGUUAAGCAGUUGGACGGUCCCUUCAGAGAGACUGUUUUGGAUCCAAUCAUCAAGUUCUCGUCGUAUUUUGGAGAAAUCAAUGAGGCAAUUAAGAAGCGUGCACACAAGAAGCAAGAUUAUGAACAAGCCAAGGCCAAGGUGCGUCGACUCAUUGACAAGCCUGCCAAGGACGCAAGUAAGUUGCCACGUGCCGAGAGAGAGUUGGCGCUUGCUAAGGAUGUCUUUGACGACUUGAACAACCAGUUGAAGACAGAGAUUCCGCAGCUGAUUGAUUUGCGUGUUCCCUACUUUGACCCAUCCUUUGAGGCCUUGGUGAAGAUCCAGCUACGGUUCUGUACGGAAGGGUAUGCCCGUUUGGCACAGGUGCAGCAGUACUUGGAACCGCAAAUGAGAGACGACUAUGCCAAUGGUGCUCUCGAUGUACGGAUCGACCAGAUGUUGGAAGAAAUGAGACGCUUGAACAUCUGCAGCUUGGGUAUAAAAUGA